GUUCCAAAUAGAGACAAAAGAGCUUCAUCAGUGUUGAGUAUUUGCAUACUUGGGUUGUCUUUUUUUGUCUUUCAUGGAGUUACAAAGCCAGACAAUGUUAGGUCACGUUCUCUUCUAAAUAGUAAUACUCCCAAUUCCCAAACGAAAGAAAAAGAAGACGAUUUGGUGUUCACAUAGUCCUCAAAAGGCCAUCUUUUUUGUUCCUGAGUAAGUGGUCUUUAUAUACAGUUUCUUUAAAAUCAGGAUUGGGUUUUUCUUGAUGUAACAUGGCCCUGAAGCUGCAGAAAAGUGGUGGCUCUGAAAUUCUGAGAUGAGUUUGAACCCAGAAAGCAUUCUUGUUUGAAGGCCUAAAACUACUCUUCACUAUGUGUUAGUGGUUUUGCCUCUUCGUACAGUUGCAGAAGGCAGAAGACGGAGUUCUUAGUGACCCCAAAACCGUUAAUGUCAAAGUGAUUGUUUUGACCUCUGAGGGAGGUAACUGGAGCCUGAAGAACUUUCAAUUCUUUUGUUUUUUUUUUUUCCCCUUCUGUUGUUCUUUUCAGGGCUUUCACAAAAAUGGGCUCUGGGUUAUUUGUUUCCUUUCUGGUUCUCACACUCUUCUUUAAACCUUCAGUUUCUCAAAAUUCUAAUACAGAUAGGUUCCUUGUCUCUGAUUUCUUCAACAAAAUGAGUGUAAACUCUUCAUCCAUUUUCAACUUAUCCGCUCCAGUUUGUUCAUGGAAACAUGUCUUAUGUGACAAAGAAGAGAAUGUUAUUGGAUUGUUGGCUUCUGGAUUAGGUCUCACUGGUUUCAUCCCUGAAACCACCAUUGGAAAACUCAACAAGCUUCAAACUUUGGAUCUGAGCAAGAACAAUAUCACCGGUUUGUCGUCUGAUUUCGGGAAUUUGGGGAAUAGUCUCAGGGUCCUUAACCUCUCGUAUAAUCAGUUUUCUGGGAUUAUUCCUAGUAACAUCGGCAACUUCGGUGUACUGGAAAGUCUCGACCUUUCUGUCAACAACUUCUCCGGUGAGAUUCCUUCAGCAAUUCUUAAUUGUAGAUCUCUAGUCUCCAUCCACCUUUCAUACAAUCAACUCAACGGAACUGUUCCAAAUGGUUUCGGUACCGCAUUUCCCAAGCUCCGAAGCUUGAACCUUUCUGAAAAUGAGAUUCGUGGAAGGACCUCUGAUUUUCUUGGGCUGCAGUCGAUCACUCAUCUUAAUAUUUCUGGGAACUUAUUCCAGGGUUCCGUGGUGGCUGUUUUUCAGGAGCCACUGGAAGUUAUCGACCUCAGUCGCAACCAGUUUCAAGGUCACAUAUCCCAGGUACAUUUGAAUUCUAGCUUCAAUUGGUCUCGUUUGGUUUACCUUGAUCUUUCUGCAAAUGAAUUCAGCGGAGUGUUCUUCCAUAAUUUGAACCAAGCCCAGAAUCUCAAACACCUUAAUCUCGCCGGAAAUAGAUUUUCUGAGCAGGAAUUCCCCCAACUCGAAAAGCUCUCAGCUCUAGAAUACCUCAACCUGUCCCAAACUCAUCUCGGAGGAAGAAUUCCAAAUGCAAUCUCGCGAUUGGGUAGCUUAACAGUGCUAGACCUUUCCAAGAACCAUCUCACUGGCCGAAUUCCAUUUCUGCGUACUAACAAUUUCCAAGUUAUAGACGUUUCACAGAACAAUCUGACCGGGGAGAUCCCAUUAUCUGUGAUUGAAAAACUACACCAGAUGAAGAACUUCAACUUCUCUUAUAACAACUUAACCCUCUGUGCUUCAAGAUUUCCCCCUGAAACCUUACGAACUGCGUUCAUUGGAUCACUGAACAGCUGCCCAAUAGCUGCAAACCCAGAUCUUUUCAGAAGAAAAACCUCUACGCACAAGGGAUUCAAACUUAUUUUAGCCAUAACUAUCGCAGUUGUCUGCCUUCUCGUAGGCUUGCUUUGUCUUGCCUUUGGAUGCAGAAGGAAAACCAGGAGGUGGGCAUCUAAGCAACUCUCGUUCAAAGAAGAACCCAACAUCUUAGGCCCCUUUUCUUUCCAGACAGAUUCAACCACUUGGGUUGCUGAUGUUAAGCUUGCGACCGCAGUCCCUGUUGUAAUUUUUGAGAAGCCAUUGCUGAAUUUCACUUUUGCCGACCUCUUGUCUGCAACUUCACAUUUUGAUCGUGGAACUCUUCUGGCUGAAGGGAGAUUUGGCCCAGUUUAUAGAGCAUUGCUACCUGGGGGAAUCCAUGUAGCUGUGAAAGUUUUGGUGCAUGGGUCGACUAUGAAUGACCAGGACGCUGCAAAGGAGCUCGAAUAUCUUGGCCGGAUCAAACACCCUAAUCUCGUUCCGUUGACAGGUUAUUGUUUAGCUGGAGAUCAGAGGAUUGCGAUCUAUGAUUACAUGGAGAAUGGGAAUUUGCAAAAUUUGCUUCAUGAUCUACCUCUUGGAGUUCAGACAACAGAAGAUUGGAGCACGGAUAUGUGGGAAGAAGAUAACAAUAAUGGGAUUCAGAAUGUUGGCUCUGAAGGGCUAUUAACAACAUGGCGAUUUAGACACAAAAUUGCACUUGGCACAGCUCGAGCACUAACCUUCCUUCACCAUGGUUGCUCUCCUCCAAUAAUUCACAGAGAUGUUAAGGCUAGCAGUGUUUAUCUUGAUUCAAAUUUGGAGCCAAGGCUAUCUGACUUUGGACUGGCUAGGAUUUUUGGAAAUAGUUUGGAGGAAGAAAUUUCACGUGGGUCUCCAGGUUAUGUGCCUCCAGAAUUCUCUCAACCAGAAGCCGGUUCCCCAACACCAACUCUGAAGUCAGAUGUUUAUGGGUUUGGAGUUGUUCUCUUCGAGCUGUUUACAGGGAAGAAACCUAUUGGAGAUGAUUAUCCAGAGGAGAAAGAAUCAAAUUUGGUGAGUUGGGUUAGAGGACUCGUCAGAAAAAAUCAGGGUUCAAGAGCAAUUGAUCCAAAAAUUUGUGGGACAAGGUCAGAGAUGCAAAUGGAGGAGGUCCUGAGAAUUGGGUACUUGUGCACAGCUGAUCUCCCAUCAAAGAGGCCAAGUAUGCAGCAGAUUGUUGGGCUCCUUAAAGACAUUGAACCUGUGAUGCAUCCUUAAAGAAAGCAAUAAAAGGAUUAAGAGAAAGAAGUUUGUUUUCUUAAGUUAUUUGCCAUUCACAAUUUUCUUCUCUCUUCUUUUUUUUGUUUUGAGUUUAGUUGUGCUACCAUGGGAGGAAUUGUACAGUAUUUUUGAGCUCCUGUUUUCAACUUGGAUGGUUUCUUGUAUUUUCUUUUC